CUCACACAUGCCGUUACAGUGGAAUACAAGACGCAUCUCCUGGCGCUCAGGACGCAGAAAUUAGAAGUGCGUUCGUUUUCAAUACAGAAACCAAUCUGCGAGCAGAUACAACGUCCAGCUAUCUGACUGUCAUCGGUUGCAUCGAAAGACUUCAUACAACUUAUUUUUCCUGGGGAAAAAAGGAUUCAUCUGGAAGGUGAUCUACUGUAUACAUUCCAGUUGUUCCUGCUCAUUUGGAAGGGCUGUGCGCAUUUACCUGAAUAUACUGGAUCUUACAUCAUAGAAGUCCUUUUCUGGUAGGAGUCUAUGCGACGGUGUCGGUGAACCGGCCAGGUGGACGUCAGCGGCGGUUUCUCCAAGUUGCGGUGUGCGUAAUUUAUGACCGGCUCGUCCAGAGUGCGGGAAGAAUGAGGAGUCGUCGGGGCGGGGGGAAGCAUGAGAGGCUGGUGUAUCCCUGUUAGACUGGCGCCCCUCAUGUUUCUAUGGAAUUGCGUAGCUCUAAGCCUCCUCCGGAUCUGGUUGUUCGCCGCGCCCGGCCAGACGGCCGCCGGGCCUGGCUUCAGCGAUGCCCUGGGACCCUACAGCUGGCUCCUCUCCGACAAAGGCCCCUUCCACCACUCGCAAGAGUUUGUGGACUUCACGGAACGCUACCAGCAAGGGUUCAACACCAAGUAUAAGAUAUACAGGGAGUUUGGGCGCUGGAAGGUGAACAGCCUGGCUCUGGAGAGGCAGGAGAACAAUGGCCUGGCGCUGCCCUUGGACCCAGAGUUCCUCCACACCAUCAGGCAGCUGGGCAGGCGGCCCAGCCUCGCCGCCAUCACAGAUGCCAUCAUCAGGAAGUACGGGACCCACUUCCUGCUGUCCGCCACCCUGGGAGGGGAGGAGUCACUAAUGAUCUUCGUGGACAAGCGGAGGUUGAGCAGGACGGCCGAAGUGAGCGAGGCGAACAACACCGCAGUGAGUCUGGAGGCUCUCCACCAGCUGGCUGCUUCCUACUUCAUCGACAGGGAGAGCACCCUACGCAAGCUGCAUCACAUCCAGAUAGCCUCCACCGCCAUCAAGGUGACAGAAACCAGGACGGGUCCCCUUGGCUGCAGUAACUAUGACAACCUCGACUCUGUCAGUUCUGUUCUGGUUCAGAGCCCCGAAAACAAGAUUCAUUUGCAAGGCCUACAGGCCAUCCUCCCAGAGUACCUGAGGGCCAGGUUUGUGCAGGCUGCUCUCAGCUACAUCGGCUGUAACGAGGAGGGUCAGUUUGUGUGUCGGGACAGGGACUGCUGGUGCCAGUGCAGCCCUGGCUUCCCCCAGUGCAACUGUCCAGACGUGGACCUCCGAGCGAUGGAAGCCAGCCUGCUGACUGUGAGGGAGACGUGGAACAUGGCCAACAGUGACUUUGAGGAGUCCGAUGAGUUCCAGAACUUUGUGAGGAGGCUCCCCACGUUCUACGCCCUCAAUUCGUCUGCAGUCCAGUACUUCUGGAAGAUGGAACCGGCCGUCCACCAGCGCUACAGGCAGUUGGAGCUCACGGCGCGACAGCUCGUCAACAAAGCCCGCCGCAUCGUCAACAAACUCUUCACCCUCAGCAAGAGGUGUCGGAUGCAGCCCAAAGUCCUGGUGCUGAGAGAGAGGCCUUUCAGCUACUGGCUGAACUACAUCCUCUCCAUCAUGUACUGCAGCGAAAACAACCACAUCGGCUCCUACACGGAGGAGACCCGGAGCUGCUCCUGCCCCUUUGACCACCCGUCCUGCCAAGGCGUCCUCCCCUGCUCCGUGGGCGAGGGCACCGCCUGCGCCUCCUGCUCCUACGAGAACCGCUCGCGCUGCGCCACCUGCAACCCCGGCUACAUGCUGAGCCAGGGCCUGUGCCGCAACGAGGUGCCCGACUCCACGGACCACUACAUCGGCUUCGAGACGGACCUGCAGGACCUGGAGCUGCGCUACCUGCUGCAGAAGCGGGACGGCCGCAUCGGCGUCCACGGCAUCUUCGUCAGCAACGACGUGCGCCUCAACAGCUGGUUCGACCCGUCGUGGCGGAAGAGGAUGCUGCUGACGCUCAAGAGCAACAAGUACAAGUCCAGCCACGUCCACAUGCUGCUGGGCGUGUCCAUGCAGGUGUGCCUCACCAAGAACAGCACCCUGGAGCCCGUGCUGUCCGUCUACAUCAACCCGUUCGGGGGCAGCCACUCGGAGAGCUGGAUCAUGCCCAUCGACCAGGACGACUACCCGGACUGGGAGAGGACUAAACUCGACAUCCCCCUGGACUGUUACAACUGGACGUUGACUUUGGGGAACAAGUGGAAGACGUUUUUCGAGACGGUCCACUUUUACCUGCGGAGUCGCAUCAAGGCUCCCUCGACCAAUGGGAACGGUUCGGUGUACUACGAACCGGUGGAGUUCCUGGAGCCCGGGAGGAACCUGGGCUACAUGAAGAUCAACAGCAUCCAGGUGUUUGGCUACAGCAUGCACUUUGACCCGGAAGCCAUCCAGGACCUGAUCCUGCAACUGGACUAUCCGUACACCCAGGGCUCCCAGGACUCGGCCCUGCUGCAGCUGCUGGAGAUCAGGGACCGAGUCAACCGGCUGUCCCCUCCAGGGCCUCAGAGGCUGGACCUGUUCUCCUGCCUCCUGCGGCACAGGCUCAAACUGUCCACCACAGAUGUUGUCCGAAUCCAGGCCGCUUUGCAGACUUUCAGUGCCAGGCAGCCCAACUCAAUGGAAUAUGAGACCACCAAAUUGUGUAGCUAGUAAGGGGGCCGGGGGUCCAGCUUCACACGUUUUGCUCUCUCGCCACGCGGACUUGAUUCAAGUUGAGAGUGUUUUGGGGAGGGGGAGGGGGGGUUGGAAACCUUUGUGCGUUGGGAUUCCUGUAAAAUUAGCUUUCAUGCAUUUUGUAGAACAUGAUGAAGUAUAAGUGCCGUUUGACGGUGAUUUUUGUCUACUCUCUCUCUCUAGGCUAAUAACACUGAUCCUGUGCUCAAUCCCAGUUAUGAACAUCAAUAUUGUAUCCUCUCGGAUACGCUGCCCGUUUCUUGAUGAAGUCUCAGCUAGUCUGGACGAAUGCCAGCAUGUCUCCAUUUAGAGGUCCACCACAGUUUCUUGCAUAACAUAGAGGAUAUGCUUUUGUGUUCACCAUCUUAAUUUAACUGCACUUGUCACGCCAUGAAUCCGAUCGAUUGGAAGGUCAUGCUCUAUUUUUCAGGCGUCUGAACUAGCCUACGGAUUAUUAUUUUUUACUUUUUUUGUACAAUUAGAGAUACGACUUCAAUUGUUCAGAACUAGAACGUGAUCACAAUGGCUAUGUACUGGGUCAAUUAUGUUACAUGUGCUUUUAUUUUUAUAAUACAAUCGUUUGUGAAAAGUUAUACAACAAUGUCUAUAAAAUGUAUAUAACAGUGUGAAUUUGUAAGAUACACUAAAUAAAAAUCAUUUUUAUGUGCUGUCUGUAAAUAUGUAACAUAGUGUACUAUGUAAAUACCUGACAUUGUUUAAACAUAGAUUUGAGCUGUUUAUUGUCAUA